UCCAUUUGCCUUGAUACCAGCGGCGACAUGUCGGGGUAUACUCCGGAUGAGAAACUGCGGCAGCAGCAGCUGCGAGCGCUGAGAAGGCAAUGGCUAAAGGACCAGGAGCUGAGCCCUCGGGAACCGGUGCUGCCCCCAGAGGCGAAGUGGCCUAUGGACAUAUUCUGGGAUAAGUUUUUGGCAAAUAAGUCCCCUUGGAGGAACAUGGUCUAUAAGGUAUACCGAAAGAGUAUGUUUUUUUUUACUUGUGUACUUAUACCUGCCUGGAUUGUUCAUUAUUACGUGAAAUAUCAUGUGGCUACAAAACCAUAUGCCAUCGUUCACUCAAAGCCCAGAAUAUUCCCAGGUGAUACAAUUGUGGAGACUGGAGAAGUAAUUCCACCAAUGAAAGAAUUUCCUGAUCAACAUCAUUAAAGAUUAUAUAAAAAUUUAAAAGGCUUAUGAGCCUAAGUUUGUUCCUACAUUACCAUAUUUACCGAAUUUUCUGGAAGAGUGACUUAAUAAAGUUUAAUCUCAGAAAAAAAAAAUAAAAA